UUGAAAAACAAACAAUGCUUACUUUCAUCACAUCAUCAAUUAGGAAAAUACCUCACUUAAUGUUUGAUACUUUUCCAGAUCUUCAAGUAUUGCACAUGGAAAACUGUUCGGUUGAAACGUUUGAAAAGCCUCAAUUCGAGGGUGCCAGCAAUUUAAUGAGUUUAUUUUUGGGCCACAACUUGCUAAAAGAUAUACCCAAGAAUAUAUUUUUGGGAGCUGAUAAUUUAAACACCCUGUUUCUAAAUAACAAUCAAUUAAAAGUGUUGAAUAAUCAAAGUUUUAAUGCUUUAAAAGAGUUAAAAAUACUGUCAUUGGAGAACAAUCAGUUGGAUAUUUUGCCAUCGGGAGUGUUUGUUCAUAUGAAUAACUUAUUCGAUUUAAAUUUAGCUGGAAAUCAGCUGGAGCUAUUUCCGAGGAAUAUUUUUGAAAAAAACACCAACCUAAAACGGAUUAGCCUGGCAAGAAAUCGAUUUAAAGUUUUUGAAUCGGAAUUGUUCAAAAUUCAAACUCAUUUAUCGUAUUUAGAUCUUUCGGGGAAUAUACUGCAGGAGUUGACUAUAAACAUUCCAAUUUUAGAUACUGUUAUUGUCAAUAAUUGUGAUUUACGCAAGUUGAAUGUGUAUGGCACUGUCAAAGAACUGGAAUUGCGCAACAAUUCCUUAAGAGAAAUUCCACAUAUUCCAAACGCUCUUAACGUAACAAGUAUGGAUUUAUCACUCAAUCCUUUGGGUUCUCUCCAAGGUCAUCCAUUUCGCAGAUACACUAACUUGUUGCGGUUAAAUUUGAGUAGUACUAACAUGCACGAGAUUAGUGAAGGCAUAUUUAAAAAACAAUCACUACUAAAAUUACUAGACAUAUCAUCUAACUCCCUGUUCAAUUUGAAAUUCGUCGUUUUCGAUAGUUUAAAAAACUUGCAGUAUUUUCACUUUCAGCAAAAUAACUGGAAUUGUGAUUUUUUGCAACUGCUAAUGAAUUCGUUUGUCAAAAAACUCAACAUCUCUUUUAUGGAAGAUUCAGUUGCUCCUGAAUUAGUUGAUGAUUACGUUGAUGGUGUUGCGUGUUGGUAUGAAAAUAAUAAAAAUUCUAAAAAAUGUGACGAUGGCUCAGUUUCCGAUGCAGCCCUGGAGUUGGCGAUCGUUCGGAACGAUAUUAAACAAAUGAUGGAUACGAUUGAAAAAAAAUUUAUCAAAGUCUAUCGAUUAUUAGAAGAAAUGAAAUUACGAUUGUAAUCAUAACAAAAUCAUAAUAUGUCAAUUCACAGCUGGUUUUAUAUUAUUAUAAGCUAUAUUGUAUAUUUUUGAAU